AUGACUAGAAAAAUCCAUGAGGGAAGUAUGAUUACUGUGGACAACUGGAAAAUGAUGAUAUGCAAGUCUGUAUGGAUAACAGUUUUGAUCAUCAGUCAUGGCCAGUGUGAUAGUGACUCCAAUAAACCGGUUAAAUUAGUAAUCGGUCCAAUGGUUGAAAUGGAUUUUUGGUCCUUAUAUCGUCUUCCUAACCAAUCGGCUGUCUGUGAUCAAUUUAUAAAUUCAUUUUAUUUGGAUGAUCCCAAAGAAGAUCGUAGAUCUUUGUCUCUGUCUGGCUCCCUGUCACCUUCACCUACUACUGCGGCAGCAUCAGUGGCGGUAGCGGCAACCAGCUCUUCUGCCUCUUCAGCAUCGUCAGCCUCAUCAACAGCAAACGCUCAGCUUUGGGAUCGUCAUAAACCAACGAGCUGGAUUAAUGCUGUGGAAUUUGAUCAUAUUGGCUUAAGUGGACUAAUGCAAUUACCGAAACCAGACAGACAACAUCCUUUUGAUUAUAAUAAACGUUUGAAAAGUGCAUUACGCAGUCGACAGCCAACUCUAUUCACGUUCACUAGUCCAUUAUAUCCUGACAAUUAUCCACCGAAUACCGAUUGCGUCAAGGUUAUUAAAGCUCCACAAGAAGAUCAACAAAUUAUUCUUGAUUUUCGUGGACCUUUUCACUUUGAACCGUCAGCAGACUGUAUCAAUGACUAUUUGGAAGUUCGUGAUGGGGAAUAUGGUUUUUCCCCGUUGAUUGGUAGAUUUUGUUCAGACAGUCGUCAGUUGCAUGCAAUUAAAUCAACUGGUCGAUGGUUACGACUACGUUAUCAUUCAGAUUUCAGUAUUGAAAAGUCUGGAUUUCAAGCUGUUUACUAUUUCAGUAAGCUAAGAAAUAAAGAUGAACCGUUACCCCAAAAACCAAUUGUUACAACUUCAAUUAUCGUGGAUGAUGAAGUUAUAUUUGAACAAAGCAACUUAUUAACUCUAUGGAAUGAUUAUACUGAAUCAUUAAUAAGAGUGAAAUCUCAUCCAGUCGACCGACUAACUGAAUUUAUUAUUGAUUUCCGAACAAAUCAAACUGAUUUGAUCCUAAUGAUUCACCUAAGCUUUUUGAAAUUUCAAAUCAUCGAUCCGGAGUGCAAGGCUAACAUUAUUGAAUUGUACGAUGAAUUCUUCCUUUCAGAACAGAAUACAUUUCUACGUACACCAUCAAUCCUUCUGAAAAGGAGUAAAGGUCAAAUACCUGUUAAUGAACAGUAUACUCCUAGAGUAAUUCAAGCAUGUAAUCGACCAAAUCUAGAACCGUAUAUACAUAAAUUAGGACGAGGUGUAGUACGGAUUAUCGUGUCACCUGAAUCACGAUCCACAGAAGCUAGUGAAUAUAUGCAUACGAAUACAUCGAAUACGGUAACGGAACUGCCAGAGAUUAAGAUCAUUGCGACAGUACUUAAAAAGGCACUUUGUGAAGGCGACUGGGUACCUUGUAUAUUACCCACGAAUUAUAUUGCCUAUAAAGAGUAUUUCAAUUUAACAAUUCGGUCUAAAUCUACUUACGAAGAGGUAGAUGAUGAUGAAAAUGAUGGCAACAGUGGUAAAAGUGACAAGUCACAUUCACGAUUAUCAGAAUUACAGAUAUCAACUACGACAACGCCACCACCACCGACAACAAUGACAAAAGCGUCUACAAUUUUUUCAACUACUAAAAAUUCAGUGGCUUCAAUGAAAUCUACUGUGCUACAGCGUCAUCCUACAGUGCCGAAAAUAAUUUAUUGUGUUCAGCCUAGUUUAGUCUGCAAUGGGCAUUCAAACUGUCCAGGUGGUGAAGAUGAAGAGAAUCAAGGUUACAGUGACCAGUAUUCCCCAAAAAAAAUGUUUAUUCAAACAACUGAAGGAGUGAUAACCACCGAGAAAGCUGAAAGUAUAUCAUCAUCAUCAUCAUCAUCAUCUGAAGAUGAUGACGAAUUUCAUCAUCAUACGCCUAUUAUUGCUGGUUUACUUGGAUUCUGUGCUAUUUGUGGUCUCAUUUCAGCUGGAAUGACACUAGUGAAUAGAUCUAAAAAACAGAAUCAUCCCAAUUUUGGAAGUGUUUGUAACAGUAUUCUGUUCGAAUCUGGCACUUCACUAAUUACAGCAUUGGAAUCUGUUGUCACAUGCUCUACACCUGUAUACACGACAACACUGACACCAGCAACCAAUGUAACUGAUACAUUAAAAAACGAAGAUAUCAAACCGUUAAAAACUUCGUCAAAUUGUACCUUUCUAAAUUGUAGCAAUUCUUGUUUAAAUAGUGAGACAAAGUUAGAAGGAACUCUAGUUGAACAAACAGAAGUUGUUGAUGAUGAUGAUGAUGAUGACGAUGGUGAUGGUGAUGUAGUAAGACAAGAACAAGGCCAGCAGACUGCUGACAUUAAACAUGACGUGUUGAAGUCUACAACAAGUGGAUUAGCUGAAAUAUUUGACCGUGCAACAAAACCUUUAGGUUAUAUUCACAAACUUGACUCUAGUCCAGCUUGGAACCAAUCAGUAAACCAGAGUUCUCUGUAUCAUUUGAAAGAAACCCAAAAAUCACGACCCCUAUGUAGUCAAUACUUGUACGAAUAUCCAAUUAACCGUAGUCUAGUCCAAUUACCAAACACAUUAGUUAUACCUGUGGAUAAAUUAUCAAAACAAUUUAAUUCCCCUACAAUUCGUCAAAAACCCACUCAACAAUCAUAUUUUGAAUCAAACGUUAGCCGUUCAGAUCCAUUUUCACUGAAAGAACAGUCAAAAUUUAAAACAACCACUGGUUUUUCAAAGGGUGGUGAACAUUUACAAUUUGGCAAUCUGAGGCGAAGUUUCUCAGUUAGACCUGUAAAUGAUAACAGUUCAACAUUUACACCACAUGUCUCAAGUAAUUCAUUAAAAGAAGCCACUCUACCUAGUCGAAUGUUACGGGCUCAUUUGGUUAAUGAUGACAAUGAUAGGAAAUCGUGUUCUUAUCCAUGUCAUAGCGUUGAACAACGAUGUACGCCAGAUAAAAAUGUUUUUUCGAUAAUCGGGGCUCAAGGUUCAGGUCAACAAUUUUCAGUUAAAUCACAAGCAUGGAGACGUGAGCAGAAACGGAAACACUUCAAAGGCAGUGCACCAAAAAGAGCUAAACAUGAAAACGGUUUUGUGCUACAAGAACAAUCACAACCACAAACUCCUUUACAUCAACUUUUGUGUUUGAAUCAACAAGAUAAACCUCAAUAUACACAACAGACCAAAUCAUCAGCUCAUCUUGAAUUAUUCACUUUAUAUAAAUCAAGUCAGUCUACUAGUGGUGAAUUAUUAGACAAAGAAAACUAUAAGUCUUGUCAUUAUAAAAGGGAUGGCAAAGAAAUAAAACGAUUUCUACCCCCGAUGACGACAGUAACAAAAUAUUCAAUAAAGCAAUUCAAUCUCCAGUCGUCUCCGUUGAAGACAACAACCAAUUGGUUGGUAUCACCAAACAGUGUGCAGUGGAAUAGGCAAAGUGAUGUACACAACGGACAGAAUGAUGGAUCAUCUGUUUCUGUUUCGCAGAAUGACAGUGAUACACCUAGUGAGACUGACUGUCAACAUCAGAUUGCACUGGGAGCUGAUUCCAGAAGACGAGUGUCGAAUGCUGGUGUAAGGAUGGUAACGACAGUGAUGACAACGACGGCGACAAUGACAGCGACAACAGCACCACCUAAAAGAAUGAGGUAUCAGCAAAUGGGUUGUAAUACAAUAGAUCAAGAGUCAGAUUCACAAGAAAUAAGUCAUAAUAAUAAUGAUAAUAAUGAUAAUAUAUUUUCACCAACUCAUAGUCUUAUCACAGGCACUACGACAAUAUUUGAUGACUUACAAAUAUUUAAACAUUCUAAUGAAACUUAUCAGUGUAAUUGUAAUUUAGGCAGUACUAAAUACACCUUUCCAUCUAGUUAUUCCGUAAUUCCUCAAACUCUACUGUUAUCGUCAUCAAAUAAAAUUGGUGAUGGUAUGCGAAAAAAUGCAUCAUGGAGUGAUAUGAGUCAUAAAGUGGAACACUUGUUUCAGCAGGAUAACGAUGAUGAUGAUGAUGAAGGUGACUACGAUGAUGAUGACUAUGAUGUGGAUGACCAGAUAAAUGAAAACAGUGGACAGUCUUCUUCAGAAGUGGACAGUUCUAGUGCUGAUCGAAUUCCAGAUCAACAUGAGCUCAAAAAUGCACACAACAAUCAUUUGCCAAACCCAACCCUAUCAGCUGACAGUAGUUCUGAAGAAUCACUUUGUCGAAUGCAUACAAUAGGUAAUCACAGUAUACCUAAAAGACAAUCACUUGGAACAUCUGUUGUCAUCAUUACCUCCAAAGGUCGAACUGUACAAUCACCCACGAACAUUAUAUAG